AUGCGAAAGCGAGGGCUACAGUACUCCCAAGGUGUUGCUGACAGAGAGAAGAUGAAGAAGAAGGAAAUGUUUUGUGGUAAACUCCACGUUUUGAGUCCAUUCCAGAGUAAACUAAACUGGGAACGAGAUAGAUCGUUCCAAAGCGGAAACCCAAACCAUUGCCUCGAGGUUGUGACUGUGGUGGCUGGCGAUGCAGUCUCGUCUGCGAUCUUCUCUUCUCUUGAGCUUGACAGCGGAAUUUGCAAUUUGUCAGGCACGAUUCGAUCUCGACCGGAUCUCCAUCAGCCAUGACGGUGCAAGAGUUGUUAGUUAGUUUUUCGUUUUCUUCUAGUUUUAUUAAAGCCUUUAGUUCGGGUAGCAACGACCACUUACACGCGCUACACAGAUUAGAGAAUGCUCAAGAAGGUGUGUCUUGCAGACUCUAAAGCUUUGGAAGGAGACGCAUGGUUGUAUCGCUUCAGACUGGAAGCGUGCAAGCGAAGGCGCCCCAGGGAAGAGCGUUGCGAGUUUGUAUAUAUUGCACUUUGUAGAGUAAUAAAUGUUUGAAUAUGCACAUGGACCCUGUCGAUGGCAAUGGCAGCCUUCACCACGGUCGGUUUUUCUGUGCAUAUGACGCCUGUAGCGUUGUGGUGUAUGACGGGUAGUGGCGCAAUUUUUUUUUCUGCUUGCGUUUUAUUGGCUCGUUUAUCAAUUUUGUCAGGAUGUUCUCCCGUUUUGUAGCAGUAAUUGCAUGCACAGCUUGUUUAUGGAUCGCUAGUCGGAGUUGGCAUCCGCAACAUAGAAGCACAAGA